AUGGUUGCAGCUGGUUGGGGACAUUCAUUGGCACUGACAGACAAUGGUGCUAUCUAUGGCUGGGGAUGGACAAACGAUGGUCAACUCGGUUCUAUUUCAAAUGAAAAAGAUAAACCCGUUCCACUACCAAAGGAAAUAUCGAUGGAACAACCCGAGUUCUCUGGUAAUAUUGUUGGUAUCUAUGCUGGCUCUGACUAUUCAAUGUCAUUGACCAGAGACGGUCGUUUGAUAUCCUGGGGAAGUGGUGAGUUUGGUCAGCUGGGUCAUGGAGAUUGUCAACAUAGCAACACGCCCACAGCGAUCAAUGGAUUCGAAGCGAUUCGUUUUGUAUCAUGUGGGUUCUCACAUACUAUGAUCAUCGAUAGUAAAGGUGAUCUUUAUACAUUCGGAUGGAAUGGCAGUGGUCAGCUUGGAUUGGGUGACAAGUCAAAUAGAAGUGUACCGACACUGGUCGAUCCAAUGUUGUUUUGUGGGGAGAAACUAAAGAUGGUGGCAGCGGGUAGAGCUCACUCCGUGGCACUAACAGAAUCCGGUCGUUUAUUCACAUGGGGAAGUGGGUCAAAAGGAAAGCUUGGCAAUGGUGAUACCUCCAAUGAACUAUUGGUACCAACACAACUGUACGACAUUGACGAAAAUCAAAUUGAAACACCAAAAGUUGUAAAUAUAGCCACUGGAUUCGAUCAUACUUUAAUACAAACUAAAUCGAUUAUUUAA